CCGCCCCCCUCUCCCCACAUAAAAACGCGGGCUGCCGGCUCUCCGUUGAGACGAAAUUUCCCGUCCCGGCGGCUCCGGUUCCAGGGUCCAGCCUGCGCACCCCCAGGCCAGGGCGCUGGCUCAACACCUGUGACUUCACGUGUGCGCGCCGCCACACCUGUCCUCACACCCGCGCCACCUGUGCCGAGAAACCCACGCCUCGGCACCGUCGUGGCCCUAAGCCCGGCACCCACACCUGUGACCCUCACACCUGUGACCCUCACACCUGUGACCCUCACACCUGUACCAACUGGGCACACCUGUGAGCGCCCCUGCGCAGCCCUCCCCGCCCUGUGGGAACACCUGCGUGCCACCCCUGACCACAGCCCCUCGCAGCGGGACCAUGGCCGCUGACCCCGACAGGGGGGCCCCGCGCGUGCUGUUCGCAGACUGGCUCCUGGGCGAGGUCAGCAGCGGCCGCUACGAGGGGCUGCGGUGGCUGGACGCGGCCCGCACGCGCUUCCGCGUGCCCUGGAAGCACUUCGCGCGGAAGGACCUGGGCGAGGCCGAUGCGGGCAUCUUCAAGGCCUGGGCCCUGGCGCGCGGCAGGUGGCCGCCCAGCAGAGGCGCAGGUGACCUGCCGGCUCCCGAGGGCCAGCUCCUGGCGGGCUGGAAAACCAACUUCCGCUGUGCCCUGCGCAGCACCAAGCGCUUCGUGAUGCUGCAAGACAACUCGGGAGACCCCACCGACCCGCACAAAGUGUUCACGCUCAGCUCCGAGGAGGGGUGCGGAGGAAGUCCAGGCGUUGACCAGGGGGACCACAAGGCUCCUGAAGAUGCCCCACCCACGGGGGGGGCGCUCCCUGGGCCAUGCCUGGCAGGUGCUGGUGAGAGUCCUGGGCCUGGACCAGCCAGGUGGAGCCCCGUGCCCGUGCCCGGCGCCCCCAGCCCUCUCGUGAGCCUGGCUGCCAGCGCCAAGGACCUCCUGCUGGAGGCCCUGCGGCAGAGCUGCGUGGAGCACCUGCUGGAGGCUCCGGCAGUGGACCCAAUCCCUCCCGCUGCCUGUGGCCCGGAGCUGCCUGCUGGGGAACUGGAACUUCCAUGGGCUGUGGAGGGCGCCCCCAGCCCCAGGUCCCAGCCCCAGGCCCCGAUGACAGACGCAGGUCCAGCCCCCGAGAUGUGGCAGCCCCCACCUGAGGCGGAGCCCUGCACCCCACUGGUGGGGCCCCUCUGCCCACAGCUCGGCCUGCACACAGAGCCCAGCCUGGGGCCCCUGCACGUGACCAUCAUGUACAAGGGCCGCACGGUGCUGCAGGAGACCGUCGGGCGCCCCAGCUGCGUGCUCCUGUACGGGCCCCCCGGCUUUGCCACGCAGGCCCCGGAGCCCCAGCUGGUGGCCUUCCCCUGCCCCGCCCAGCUCCCCGACCAGAAGCAGCUCCACUACACGGAGAAGCUGCUCCAGCACGUGGCCCCCGGCCUGCGGCUCCAGCUCCGGACGACUGGGCUGUGGGCCCAGCGCCUGGGCAAGUGUAAGGUCUACUGGGAGGUGGGCGGCCCCCUGGGCUCCGCCAGCCCCUCCGUGCCCGCCUGCCUGCUGGAGAGGAACCGCGACACCCGCAUAUUCGACUUCGGCACCUUCUUCCGAGAGCUGGUGGAAUUCCAGGCUCGCAAGCGCCAGGGCUCCCCGCACUGCACCAUCUACCUGGGCUUUGGGCAGGACCUGUCGGCCGGGAGGCCCAAGGAGAGGAACCUGGUCCUGGUGAAGCUGGAGCCGUGGCUGUGCCAGGCGUACCUGGAGAGGGUGCAGAGGGAGGGCGUGUCCUCCCUGGACAGCGGCAGCCUGGGCCUCUGCCUGUCCAGCUUCAACAGCCUGUACGAGGACCUGGAGCACUUCCUGGAGCACUUCAUGGAGGUGGAGCAGCCAGCCUAGGCCCCACGGCUGCCCUGACCAAUAAAGAGCUGCGAGCCGGA